AUGAAUAAUGCGGCUGUUAGUUUAGCUGCUUCUAUAUUUGUCAAUAAUGGUGCUGAUAAUAAUAAUCUAUCGGAUACAGAUAGUGAAUUAUAUAUUCUUGGUAUUAAAUACAAAACUCCAAAUGACAUCUAUGCAAUUAGUGAUGAUGUUACAAGUAGAUUCUGGUUUACAUAUCGAUAUGGAUUUGCUCCAAUUGGUAGUCCAUCGGGUCCAACAAAAGAUACAGGUUGGGGUUGUAUGAUGCGUUGUGGUCAAAUGAUGUUAGCAGAAGCUUAUCUUCGAUUUUUUCUACCAGCUGGAAGAUAUUUUCGAUGGCGACAAAAUAUAACUGAUUCAACAUAUUGGGAAAUUUUAAAUAUGUUUACUGACAAACGUCAUUCAUCUUAUUCUAUUCAUCAAAUCGUUCUAAUGGGAAAUUCUGAAGGAAAAAAUAUCGGACAAUGGUUUGGUCCAAAUACAAUUGCUCAAGUACUUCGACGAAUUGCUUCCAAUGAAUUUGAUAAACAAAUUCAUGUACAUGUCGCAAUGGAUAAUACACUUGUACUUGACGAUAUACGUAAAGUAUGUAAAAUAAAUUCACAAAUUCCGAAUUUAAUUAAAAAAUCUACGGAUUCACAAAAUAAUUGGAAACCUUUGGUAAUUAUCAUACCGCUAAGAUUAGGUUUAAAUGGUGUUAAUAUAGAAUAUAUCGAUCAAAUAAAAUCAUGUUUUCGUUUACCACAAACACUUGGAUUUAUUGGUGGAAAGCCAAAUCAUGCACAUUAUUUUAUUGGUUAUCUAGAAAAUGAUGAACUUCUAUAUCUUGAUCCACAUGUAACACAAGCAUAUGUAGAUACUAGUAUUACUUCAGAUGAUGUAUCUCAUCAUUGUGAUAGAAUAAAUCGAAUGAAAUUUACUGGACUUGAUCCAUCUCUUGCUUUAGCAUUUGCUUGUAAAACUGAAAGUGAAUUUGAUGAUUUAAUUGUGAAAUUGAGAGAAAAUCCGUCUUCAAGACCAAUGUUUGAAAUAUGUGAAUCGAAUCCAUUUGAUGCUCUGUCAAAUUCAACAGAUCAGCAUGAAGUACUGGUUUUCGAUUCUGAUGAUGAUGAUUUUGAACUGGUGUAG